GGUCUGAGCGGCCGCCACUUCACACACAGGGUACAUUGAAUCUCCGUCUUGAGCUGCAGCACCUCUCUCUUUCGUCCACCACGGCGCGGAAUGUCCCCCUCAGAGCAGCAAGAUGUGCAAAUAACCCAAAAUCGCCAGGUGUUGGAAGAUCAAGAGCGCGACCUGAACAAUCAUUACCGCGACCUGGAUUUUUCCGCCACGACCUAUCAACAGAUUGUCGACGACUUCCCGUUCGAAGACGAAUUGCCCUCGGGCAGGUGGAAGAGCGAUAUCUUCUCUUCUGCUAUCGAGGCUGCCUGUAAAGAGAGCGAGGAGUUCGCAAACAGCUAUCGUGAAUUGGACAGGGACGCGACCGUCGCGUGCUUUCGUGCUGGGCUGGAAGAAGACAAGAUACGCUUGCAGGAAGAAGAAUCUGAGCACGACGCACUCCGUCAGACGCUUGGUGAGGAGCCGUACGACCCGCCCAUUCUGUACGCGAGCCAGCAAUAUAAGAACACAAAGGCCUUGUGCGUCGUGGGAGCAGCGCUGCAGUCGGCGCCCCAGGUACCAGCGGCCACUCAGACUCGUGCGUCCGCCACGCCUCAAGCCAGCACCCCGAACAUCUCGACACCGGCACCUGGACAAGAUCGUGGCCAGGAAGCACCGACGGCAACGACCCAUCCUGAACCAGGCUACGCGCUUCAACUUCGGGCUCCUCGAGUCCUCGGGCCAUCGAACGUCGACUAUCAUGGCCUGCGGGUGGCGCUGCAGCAAGACUUGCAGACGCACUGUCCUCUUGGGGAACAGAAACAACGGUCGCCACAGCCCAAACGAGAAUCACCAGCACCUCCACGCCUGCAGCCUGCACAGGAGAAAGCUACGCGCAAGAAGUCUCUGCGCGAGCGGCCUGCACGAACUCCGCCCGCGCCCGCGCCAGACGUGACUGACGCUGAACACGAGGUGCUCCAACAGUGGAAUCUACUAAUGCAGUAUUGCGGAUUGACGGCGGAGCAACCUCAGUCGUCGCUUUCGCCCCAGCCUGGCACACCACAGGCGGCCAAUACUCACCUAGACCGGCAGCAGGCAAAACAGACGCAGAAUGUGGCUUCUCCGACGCAGGAACCGCCGUCGCCUUCACUCAAAACUCAGUCGCCGCAGGUGGCUGUUUCAGGUAGCCCGAGUGGUUCUGAAGAACGGCAGGCAACGCCGGCUCGCCCGCAAUCUGGCGCGUCGCGUCCUUUUCCAAGCCACUCACCGACGACUACCAUCGUGAGUUCGGAUGAUUGCUAA